CUGGGGGCGGGGGUGCCCAGCUGCCAUCCCCGCCGUCUCCUGGCCCCCACUCGCCGGCGCCCCAGUGGGAGGACGGCAGCUGCCCGCUCCCUCCUCCCCACACCCCCGCUACCUGCCCAGUCCCCGAAGCGAAGCGUGAGGAGGCUGCGAGCCAGCGGGGCCGAGCCCACAACUUUGCAGCCUCGGGGAGGGCGAGAGCCGGCGUGCAGGGCUCCUCUUGUCCGCGACCAGAGCUUGGAAUGUAAUCGAGGAUGCUGGCCCUCAGGCUGCUCAACGUGGUGGCCCCCGCCUACUUCCUGUGCAUCUCCCUGGUGACCUUCGUGCUGCAGCUCUUCCUCUUCCUGCCUAGUAUGCGUGAGGACCCCUCGGCCGCCCGGCUCUUCUCACCUGCGCUGCUCCACGGGGCAUUCUUCCUGUUCCUCUCAACCAACGCCCUGGGUAAUUACGUCCUGGUCAUCCAGAACUCCCCAGACGACCUGGACGCCUGCCAGGGGACCGCAGCCAGGAGGGCCCUGUGCCCUCCGCCCAGCGCCCACUUCUGCCGAGUGUGCGCCAGAGUCACCCUGAGGCACGACCAUCACUGUUUCUUCACCGGCAACUGCAUCGGGAGCAGGAACAUGCGCAACUUCAUCCUGUUCUGCCUCUACACCUCCCUGGCCUGCCUCUACUCCAUGGUGGCCGGCGUGGCUUACAUCUCCGCAGUCCUUUCCAUCUCCUUCGCCCACCCUCUGGCCUUCCUCACGCUCCUUCCCACCUCCAUCAGCCAGUUCUUCUCCGGAGCUGUCCUUGGUCCUGAAAUGUUCGUCAUCCUCAUGCUCUACCUCUGGUUUGCCGUCGGCCUGGCCUGCGCUGGCUUCUGCUGCCAUCAGCUGCUGUUGAUCCUCCGGGGGCAGACCCGCCACCAGGUGCGGAAGGGGGUGGCAGUGAGGGCCCGGCCUUGGCGCAAGAACUUACAGGAGGUCUUCGGAAAGAGGUGGCUCCUGGGCCUGCUGGUCCCCAUGUUCAAUGUUGGAAGUGAGAGCUCCAAGCAGCGGGACAAGUAGCAGGCACUCCCAUCAUUUCUCUGUGUGUGUGUGUUGACUCCUCGUGAACAUAAGACCACAGCACCCUGUCUCCACCCAUGGCCCACUACAGCUUUGGGCCGGUAAGGCCCUAGCAUCCACCCCUGGUCUGUAACAUACAGAGAACAGCGUUGGCUGGUGGAUCAUGACAAGGAGGGAAAAUGGCCACUGAGGCGUUGCUAGGUUCCCCGUGAGCCAGCCUGGUGGCUGCUAACCGUUCAGAGCUUCUCUUUUGUUUCUUCCCCCUUGGGGUGCCUGCUUUUCCCCUCUGCCUGGUUCACCCACGCUCCACCAAGUCUCAUGUCAUCACUGCUAUCUGCUAGAGCUUUUCCUCUCAGCCCCAUGUCAGGAGUCGGGAGGGGAUUCUUGCUGCUGGUAUGCAGCUCCCCAGGACCUGGAGUCUGGCAAAAGGUUUAAAAUUACCACGUGUGAGAGGCAGCCAAGUCAGCUCUGCCAGCUGCUAGUGAGGUUGGGAAAGGAGGGGUGUGUGUCCUCAUCCCCUCCGUGGAAUUGUGAACAAUGGAGGGAAAAAAGAACUCAGCAGCUCGCUGCCCAGCCCUCAAGUUGCAAGGCCUUUUCUGGGAGACAGCAGCCAAUGGCCUGGGACUUCUAGCUGCUGUCCCCUGUCCACCCCGCCCCAGCCGGCUACCCAGUGCCAUCCAGGGCCUGGCUGGAUGCUUCCUUUCCCUGGCACUCUUCCAGCCUCUGGGUCUUUGCUAGAUGCUGGGAAGGCAAGGAAGAAGAGAGAAGGAAAGGGAGAUACUGAUAAAUGAGAGUGGUGUGUGACUGCACAACCAUAUAGAAGGGGGGGCAUGUGAUCGUGUGUGUGUGUGUGAGAGAGAGAGAGAGAGAGAUAGAGAGAGAGAGAGAGAGAGAGAGAGAGAAAGUGGUGAGGAAUGUUGUUAUGAAAAUAGAGAAAGAAUGGGAAGAGAGAGGGUCACACAGAGAUUGGGCACUGGGAUAUUUGGGGACUGAGAAUGAAAGGGGCAAAUGGGUUCAUUUCUGAAGGACAUUCUAGCAGCUAAAGCUGUUCAGUGUUUGAAUAGUUGCCUGGGAAGGUAGUGAGUGCCUCACAACUGGAGGUAUUCCGGAAGGGACUAGGCAGUCAUCUGGCAGGCAUGCUGUGGAAAGAAUUUCUGCACAGGGUCAGGGAAAGGAAGAUCCUUUCCCACCCCAAGAUGCCAGUGUCUUCUUCAUGAUUGCCAGGUCCAGAGGCAAGAUCUGCAGAGACACCUGUGAAUUAUUUGCUUUCGUGGAGGAUGGGGCGGGAUGGAGUAGUCUGAAAAUCAUGAUGCAAACUUUCAGGACCCUACCUGACCACCAGCGAGAUGGGACUACUAGGUAUUAAUGCUAGUUGAGGGGGUUGGCCUUUGAGGACAGGGAGAUGGGGCAGUGUCAGGGGCAGGUCGGGGCAGUGGUGGGGAGAGCAAAGCUGGAAAAUCACGUUCAACUCUGAGGAGUGAGAUUGGGAGAGUUGAAGCUCAGGAACAGGGAGACCGGAAUAUAGGGGUGCAAUUGGGAGACCAGCCCUGACUAGCUCUGGAUGAGGGCACUGCUCUGCAUUCUGGGACCCAGAAGACCAGACUCCUGGGGCAUAUGAGGGAGUGGGGACAACACAAGCGCCCCCUCCUGACCGGGUCCCAAGGCCGUUCUGCCAUCCAGUCUGCUGGAGCCCACACUCUGCAGUGUCCAGCUGGUGGCCACAGUGACCCCAACCGUUGCCACACGACACUGCACAGCACCUCGAGUUCUCGAGCAGAGCUUGGGAGGACUUUAUCUUGGUUCUGCCUUCAUGGCCCCUAGAGAACUAAUGUAGUAAUGGUGCCACCUGCUCAUAGUUCUCCCUCUUACAUUAUUCAUUCGUUCAUCCUACAUGUAUUUACUGAGCACCAACUGUGUGCCAAGUCUCCACCAGGCACUGGUAUACGGUGGUGAACAGGAUGAAAUCCCUGCCACCAGGAGCAUCCUGUUGCUGACCCCAUGUCCCCACCCCCUGCAAAACAGUCACUCUGCCAUCUUGCUGGGCAGCAGGAUAGGUCACUUGGAGGGGAAGGGUGUGGCGGAGAGGGUUGAAGGGGAGCCCAGGCUUCCUGGAUGGAGGGGUCAUUGGGGCGGGGGGGGGCAUCCUCACCCUCAGUUCUGACCAUAUUGAAUCAGUGGGAGUGGAAGGUGAGAAGGGAAAGGGCCUGGCUCACUCCUGACCCCAAAGCUCAGGCUUGGAAGCCAGCCCUGCCCUGCUCAGUCUCCUGGAGGCUCAGCAGUGUGAGGGAGCAAAAGGGAUAUGUGCAGGGAGUCAUCUCCUGGCUGACUGGCCAGUGGGGGUGACAGUGGGGAGGUUGCCAGGUGUAGGACUUGAGAAAUAUUUGUACACAUGGCCCUAUAAUGUCGAUGAAGAACAUCAAUAAAAUAUGUGGUUUUAAA